AUGGUGAAAUUUGUAGGCCUCACUUUGGUGCCCUUCACUUUCUGCAUUUUGGCAGCCAUCCUUAAUUCAAGUCAGGCCAGUCAGGCCACAAACCUUCAUAGGUUCAUCAAGUCCAGAAGAUCACAGAACCCUCCUGUUUCAGAUUCUUGGGCAGCAUUACAUGCCACAGAAGAGUACUCCGAUGUGUACAUUGGUCCCCAAGAUGGGUUGAUGCAAGCUGACAAGAUCGACGCCUUGCCGGGGCAACCAGAUGGCGUAGAUUUUGAUCAGUAUGCAGGGUAUGUCACAGUUGAUCCACAGGCUGGCAGAGCACUGUUCUAUUACUUUGUUGAGUCCCCACAAAAUUCUUCUACCAAUCCUUUGGUUCUAUGGCUAAAUGGAGGACCAGGAUGUUCCUCUUUAGGGACUGGAGCCAUGUUGGAAUUGGGGCCUUUCAGAGUCAAUUCUGAUAACAAAACUCUCUACCAAAACAAAUAUGCAUGGAACAAUGUGGCAAAUGUGAUUUUCUUGGAGUCUCCGGCUGGGGUAGGCUUUUCAUAUUCAAAUACAUCUUCUGAUUAUGAUCACGCUGGUGACAAGAGUACUGCCAAAGAUGCCUAUACCUUUCUCAUAAACUGGCUUGAGAGGUUCCCACAGUACAAAACCCGCGAUUUUUACAUAACCGGAGAAAGCUAUGCUGGUCAUUAUGUGCCUCAGCUCGCAUACACCAUUCUGCAAAAUAACGGGAAUGCAACAACCAUUAUUAACCUCAAAGGCAUUGCUAUAGGAAAUGCAGUAAUCAAUGAUCCUACAGAUGGAAAGGGGUACUAUGAUUAUUUAUGGACUCAUGCCUUAAACUCCGAUGAAACAUAUGAAGGCAUCAACACAUUUUGUGAUUUUGUGAAUGGAACUUCAUCUGCAAAGUGUAACAGCUUCCUGGACAAAUCUGGAGAGGAGAUGGGUGAUAUCGAUUAUUACAACAUCUACGCGCCACUCUGCAACAAACCCUCGCUAAUCAAUGGCUCUGCCGACGAUUUUGAUCCGUGCUCGUCCAUAUAUCGAGACUCAUAUUUGAACAAUGCAGAGGUGCAAAAGGCUUUCCAUGCAAAUCCUACAACUUGGAGGGGUUGCAGAGGUUACCAUUGGAAUGACAGCCCUACAACCAUUCUACCCAUCAUCAAGGAUUUCAUUGUAAAUGGAAUAAGAGUCUGGAUAUACAGUGGUGACAUAGAUUCGGUUGUUCCAGUUACAUCAACCAGGUACUCAAUAAGCAGCCUCAAGCUUCCAAUCCAGACACCUUGGCUUCCAUGGUACACCAACGAUGAGGUUGGAGGAUAUGUGGUGGAAUACCAAGGCUUAACAUUUGCAACAGUAAGAGGAGCUGGACAUCUAGUUCCAAGCUACCAGCCUGAGAGAGCACUGCUCAUGAUAUCGUCAUUCCUUCAAGGCUCUGUCCUUCCUUCCUCGUAA